UGAUGGGAAGGCGGGAGAAAAAGUAAACUGGCAGAAAACCAAAAUUUUCCUGCACAAAGUGUAAGUUUCCUGCAAGCGACCUCAAAUCAACAGUUUCAAGCGUUUUUUCGACUUCUGUAUACUUGUGUAGUCUAUUGGAGACUAAACAUAAAGUUUAGAGAUGAAACAGACCGAAUACGAUGGAUUUCUAUAUUAUUUUUGAAUUCUGGCAUUCAAGAUGGCGGAUUCACCUUCGGACGACGUCGUGAAUUUGGAUAUAUCUUUCCACGAGCUCAACUUAGAGGACGACGCUACUAAACCUGACGAACAGCCGAAUUCGAGUAGAAGAUCUCUCUUUCAAAAGCACGACCUUACACCGAAUUCCAAACAGCGUGGGUUGCCUCAAUCUAAAGUGAGGCGAACUACCCAAGGAGACACACUACAGCAAUUGUUGGAUAAUGUCUGUAAAGAAGAGGAAGGCAGUACAGUGAGUCAAGGAGAGUUAUUGGAAGUUCUGGGAAUAGAUGAUGACUUGGCGGCUAAAAGUAGAGUUUCUAGAGCUGUUGCUGCGGUAUUUCCAAAUAGUAAGAGAAAGAGAAUGUUAACAACAGACAAUAAGCAAAUUCAAAUAUACACAAAUCUGAAAUUUAAACAUGAAAUCCAACUUGAAAUGGCCUUUGGCGACACAGUCCCUGAUAGAAACAAGCAUGAAAUAAAGGAGUUGGAGGCAACCAUGUCACGAUUGUGGGAAGAAAUUCAACAAGCACUUGAUGAAAAGAACCAGAGGCUUGUCGAGACUCUACUUCUCCAGUAUAGAAAAAUGAACAUCGCAAGAGAAAACCAUCUGACAGCCCUUAUUAAUAUUUAUGAGAAGGAGAUAUCAAGGUUGAAGAACUCUACUGAGGCUGUAUCGAACUCUCAAAAAAUUGCUUUGGGCAAUGAGAUGGAAAAGAUAAAAAAAAAAGUUAAUUUGGGUUAUCGAACUGGCAGUAUGAAAGAAAAUGUGGAUGUGCCUACCAAUAUUUUUGCUGAGCUGGCAGCAUCAAUAAGUGAGGAAUGCCCAAUUAUCAAUGAGAUUCUGGAAACUUUAAUUGGUUCUAAACAGAAAUCAACAAAUAAGGCAAAAAACCGUGAUUAUAAAAUGCGGUGUGUUGGUCAUGCCUUGGCAGGAAUACUUUCGUUGUCGAAUCAAAAGUAUCCAAAUGACAUACAGCUAUUCUUUGGACUUCUCAGCCUGUCAUAUGGAGGUGGAAAGCAGUUUAUAAAUAUGCUAAGCUCCAUUGGACUUAGUCUUCAUUGGGACUCCUUGAUGAAGCAUUUGGAUGAACGAUUGGUCAACUUCCAGCAAAUUAUUGACAAGAAGUUUCACAAGUCAUCACCAGUCAUUCUCUUGAUGGACAACAUCAAUAUCUACAGAGGAAGGAAACGGCACUACAGGCUGUUCAAGACACUUAGUCCCAAAAUGUGGAAUUUCACAGGGAGGGGAGCUAUUCUGCCCAAUCUGGAUGGCUUGGAUCACCUUUUUAAGUAUAGUAUUACUGCAUCUGAACCUCAGAUUGACUUUGAAUAUCUGAAGGCUGAUAAUAUUUUGCUAGAUGACAUGCAGACACACAAACAAGUUUGGGAGAGUGUCAGGGAUGCCUACUUCUUAAUGUUGUUUGAUCGGGCUUUAAAUCUACCUGCCCCACCAAAGCCGCUGCAAGAGAUGGAAGAAGACACUUUACACUCAUGGUUGUCCUCUCUUGAUUUUGAAAGUUUGUACAAUCAGACUAAGCAAACACAUAUUGCCCAGCCACCAAUGUCAUCUGUGCUGUGUUUGAGAGAGAACAUUACACAAACUGAAACACUGGUAUUGCCCAUGUCCCUAGAAAACAACUCCACCCUUCCUGGCACCGCGUCCAUACUAGAGGAAUUUGCAAAAGAGUUCAACUUGCCUUGCGAAUACCAGACAGAAAUGUUGGACUUCAACGAGAAGACACAUACAUUUGACUUGAAAGGAUCAAGAACUCAUUAUGAAUUCCUUAAAAUUAUGCAUAUUCAUAGAGAUGAGAUGGCCACUCUUGAAGAGCACAUCUUAGACACCUCGAAAUACCUGGAAGAUAGUGUUCAAGGAAAUAGUGAUGAAGAGAUAAGUGAUGCCGAAGAAAGCUCAACAACAGCUGGGAGCUCAGCAGCUUAUGUCAAGUCCAAGUACUUUGAAAAGCAAGAUGGCUUGUUCAAAAAGACGUGCAGAAAGCUUGUAGACCUAAUCUGGAAUGCAGUACACUCACCAAAUUCACAGACAGCCCUAGACAACCUGAUAAGUGACUUGUCCACUAAUAGAUGGUGGGAGGAGCACACUGACCACUUUAAUAGAAGYAUUCUCCAUUAUGCUGUAGRAGCAAACAACCCAACCAUGGUUAGAGUGAUUCUUGCUGCGGGUACUAACCCCAAUAUUAAAGAAGGUUGCGGUGUAACACCACUUCAUCUUGCUGUUAUAUCAAAAUGCACAGAAAUGUACAAAAUAUUAAUUGAUGGCUUUGCAUUGGUGAAAGGGCUUUCUUUCUCUUCCCUUCCAAGUCCAUAUGAAAUGGCUCAAGCAAUGCAGUUGACCGACAUAUUGAGUUUAUUCGAAGAGAAAAUCAGUCAUGACCAAAACACAAGUGGCCAGCUGGAAGCUCUACUUGGUGAAGAUAUCUCUGAAUCUACUAAAACCAGUGAAGAUGAUGUAUGCAUAGAUGACGRAAAUGAAGAUGGAGAUUUCGUGUUUGAAAGGUCACAGCCAUGUGGGUUUCCUACUGCGUUGGUUGGUGACCAGGGAACAUGUAAAAACAACAGAAGUGUGAAACAUAAGGACCAGUCAGCAUUUGACUGGGUUGCAGAGAUUCCAGGCGAUCUUCAUGCUAAAGGGCAUCUAUGUGAAGCUGUAUACWAAGCACAGGGAAAGGGUGGGUUUUACCACUUGGUCACCAAAGUUCUUAACAGAAAGAAAUUGACAAGUGAAGCUUUCCGUAAGAAGAAGUUCCAAGAGCAAAACCUGGAGCACAUUAAAGAGGCAGUCCGAGAUGCUUCCGUGUCAUAUGGUAUGGCAGCUGUUUAUGAAUUUAAGAACUCAGAGCAGUUCCCUUCUAAAGAGUCGUUGAAGAAGUGCCAUCAAAAGAAUGGAAAUCACAAUCAAGAGUUGUUGGAMUCCUUYAAGGCCUUUAUGAAAGCACGUUCAGAUGAUGCUAACUUUUGUUAUCACACAGAAAUGUUCUGCCUCUUUGGUCCACUUCUGCAACUAUUUAACGACGCAACARGAUUUGGAGAUGGUUUAGCUCGAGAGACUGUAUGGGURAUCCUUUUGCCYAUAUUUGCCCAACUUCAGUUCCGAAAUUAUUGGACUGAAGCACUCGUCCAUGUGSUCAAUUUUGUGGCAGCCUGGCCACUUGCUUUUCGUGAAAUGAUAAGAAGGAAUUMAACGRUGAAUUUGACUGGUAAAGAUGGUGGUGACAUUGACUUGGAUGAGUUUGUAGAGUCAUUUAUUGUUCRUCCUCUGAAGCAGUAUUCGUCAGGUCACUCUUCAGUAAAGACCUGUCAACGCAUUAUGGCAAAUGUGCAGUUUAUKGGAAAAGUCCGUCGUUUGUAUGCUGACAAGCAGAGCUUUGAUGUUCAUCCCCAAACCAAACACACACAGCAAAGUUCCAUUCCAGACCAAAUGAAGGGGAUGUGGUUUUGUGURCGGCAAGGUUUUUUCCAGCAUGUAAAGGGGAGAGAAGAUGUAUUAUCGUUUGAAGAUUCAAAAACCGUCCCAAAAGCCCUGAUAUCUGUGUAUGAAAAAGGUGUAAACAAAGUUAAAAGCAAGUUCUUUAGGAAAUUACAUGAAUGCUUCCCAGCAGUGAGAAAGCUAUCUUUUAAUAGAAUAGCUGAUGACCUAGAGGCUGAUGGYGAUUUUGAUGGAGAAGAUGAUGAAGAGGGUGGAGAAAUGAUGGAAUUCCUAUUUGGCAAUUAGACUGUUCUAUUAUUAUAAAUAUACAUGUGCUGACUAUUCUACGUUUAUACUAGAGUGCACAACACAUAAGCAUGAAACAACAACAAUAAUAAUAAUAAUAAUAGUAAUAUUAGCAUGUAUUGCCAAAUGAGAUAGGCUGAGUUCUUUUGUCGUCUUUUCCCUUUGGGACACAAAACAAAAGAAGCCAGUUCGGUCAUAUUAUCAACUAAGAAUUCAAAGAAGCAUAAACACAAUGCCAAAUUCCUUUGUAGCAUUGUUCCAAAAUCUUAGUUAGUUGAUAACUAAAUCUUAUUUAGCACUACAUAGCUCAGAAUUGUUUCAUGCUUAUUUGGCAUGUACUCUAAUUACAUUGCUAAGAGUUUUAAAUAAUAUAGAGCACAAACAAUACACCUGUCAAGGAGUUUACAUCUCUUUUACUUAACUGUAUACCCUAGUAUCGACAGAAAAUCAAAAGAUUUAGCAUAAUCUUUUUAUAUGAGCUUUUUGAAU